GUAUGAAUGUAGAGGGGGAUGAUAUCACAUGUUAUAAAAGCUCGUGAUAAUAUAAAUUUCAAGGUUAUCAGUCAAGUCUCAGACCAGCUAUUCAGGAGAUAUUCACCAUCAUGUACGAAUUAACUCUUGAGGAGAUCUUAGAGAAAAAUAUACCAGAAAAAGAGUUAUCUGAAGUAAAGCGUGUUUUAUAUGGACGUAUUUUUGCGCCAUUGGUUAUACCAGAAUGGGAAAAUAAAGAUUUCGAAGUAAAGGGUUAUUUCUUGGAUAGUACAAUUCAAGAACAACUUCGUGAACAACGUUUUGUGCGUGUAGGAUUGGUACAACACUCGAUUGUGUUGCCCACAUCUAAAUCCAUCAUAGAGCAACAAAAUGCUCUCUAUCAAAAAAUUGAAUCCUACAUAAACUAUGCAGCUAGUGCUGAAGUUCAGAUUUUGUGUCUCCAAGAAGCAUGGAAUAUGCCAUUUGCUUUUUGUACGAGGGAAAAAUAUCCAUGGUGCGAGUUUGCAGAGGAUGCUGAGACUGGACCAUCGACAUUAUUCUUGUCUAAAUUUGCCCAGCAACAUAAAAUGGUAAUAUUAUCGCCAAUUUUGGAGCGAGAUUCUGUUAAUGGAGAUACUAUCUGGAAUACUUGCGUGGUAAUUGAUGCGGAUGGCAAAGUCCUUGGAAAACACAGGAAGAAUCAUAUUCCCCGUGUGGGUGAUUUUAAUGAAUCUACUUAUUAUAUGGAGGGUAACACAGGCCAUCCAGUUUUCAAUACUCGUUAUGGACACAUUGCUGUUAAUAUAUGUUAUGGUCGUCAUCAUCCAUUGAAUUGGUUGAUGUUCGGUUUGAAUAGAGCAGAGAUUGUUUUCAAUCCGUCAGCAACAAUUGGAAAUUUGUCCGAGCAUUUGUGGGGGAUUGAAGCUAGAUGUGCUGCAAUAGCAAACAGCUACUACACUUGUGCGAUCAAUCGCGUGGGAACUGAGAUGUUUUCCCAUAAGUUUACAUCUGGCGAUAAAGGCGAAGCUCAUAACGAUUUCGGACCUUUCUAUGGCUCUACUUAUAUCACCGCUCCUGAUGGCUCGCGAACUCCAGGCUUAAGUCGGGAGAAAGAUGGGUUGCUCAUUGGAGAACUGGAUCUCAAUAUGUGUCGGCAGAUGAAAGACAUAUGGGGAUUUAGGGUGAAUAUUCUUAGAAACUUGAAGAAACACACCAGACAAUAUGACACAGAGACUUGAUAUGUAUGCCAAAGAACUUGCUGAACAUGUUGGUCAAUGAAACCUGUUAUUGGCAACGGUUAUAUGUAUUUUAUGCGUAAAAUGUUAAUCAAAAAUGCACUGUGUGCAUAUGACGAGUGCAUUUAUAUAUUUUUGUUUCUUUCGUCUUAAUAGACAAAAUAUGCAGAGAAUAUAUCAUAAAAGAAAGGGAAAUACUUUAUAUUUUUCUAUGUCAAAUAUUUCGUGUGUAUGAUUAUAACAUCAUACAAAGGCUUAUACCAAAAACAAUAAAAAUAUUUUCAUAUA